CAUUUCACGCUCAGCCUUCAUCCCCAAUCCUCCAAGAGAUCCACAUUAUACGAAUUUCUCAAAAUCCUAGUUGAUUUUUGAGACAGUAAUCUCAGUUUUCUGAAACUAGAAAUAAUUCUCUAUGGCCUCCACCGAAGAACCAGUUGCUCCCAUCGAGCAUGUGGCUGAGCUGGCCGACGCUGAACCAGUUGUGGAAGAGGAUCCACCGGUUAAGCCUGCCAAGUCUAAGAAAGAACCCAGGCCGAAGAAACCUGCUGCUCCCAAAAAACGCAGUUCUCCGUCUCAUCCUCCUUACUUCGAGAUGAUCCAAGAGGCAAUUGUGUCAUUGAAGGAGAGAACUGGAUCCAGUCAACAUGCGAUUCAGAAGUUUAUCGAGGAUAAGCAGAAGAAUCUGCCGUCUAACUUUAGGAAGCUUUUGCUUUUUCACUUGAAGAAGCUUGUGGCUUCUGGUAAGCUGGUUAAGGUCAAGAGCUCUUACAAGCUCCCGCCUACUCGUUCGUCGGCUUCCAAAUCUGCCGCUUCUGCUCCGGCUAAGAAGAAGCCGGCUCCUUCUGCCAAGACUAAGGCCGCCACCAGCAAAACCACUAAGGAGAAGAAGGCACCGCCUUCCAAGGCGAAAGCCAAGCCGAAGGCGGCUGCUUCCAAAUCCAAGGCCGCUGCCAAGGCUAAGCCGGCUGCCAAGGCCAAGCCAACUGCCAAAUCUAAGCCAGCUGCAAAGCCUAAGGCUGCUACGCCCGUGAAGUCGAAGCCAGCCCCGAAAAGGAAGGCUGCAGAAAAGCCCAAAGCUGAAAAGAAGCAGCCUGCUAAGGUUUCAAGGACAUCUACAAGGUCAUCGCCAGGUAAGAAGGCGGCUCCAGUGCCCCCGAAGAAAGCGGCAACCUCUAAGAAGGCGGUUCCGGCGUCGAGGAAGGCCCCAACAGUAAGGAAGCCUCCGGCGGCGAGGAAGGCCCCAACUGUAAGGAAGCCUCCAGCAGCAAAGAAGGCUCCGGCUAAGAGCACGAAGCGAACUGCGAAGUCUCCGGCAAAGAAAGCAACCCCUGCAAAGAAGGGGAAGAAGUGAGAGCUAGAGAGAGGGUCUCCUUGAAAGAGUUGUUUGUUUACAUGGGUAGUUUUGUAAAUUUAUCGUCGAUCCUUUGUAGUGGGAGUAUUUACAUCUUUAGCCCAGAGAAUAUCAUAGAAUUGUCUUUUCCCCAUCCUUUUCCUAUAAUUUUUUAGUGUUUUUUCUAUUGAUUUUUAGUUUUUAGAGAUUUGACACAGUGCUCUGUUAUGUUCAAAUCUAUUUCAAAAUGAAUUAGAAAAAGUUCCUUCUCUGAUUUGAU